GUUUUUUUGUUUUCUGGUGAGGUCACAUUCUGAUUAAAAAUAAGAAAAAUGCUUUUCCUUUGGUAAUAAGGAUCAUCAUCUCUUUUCAUGCCGUUUGCAGCAGUGCAGAUUUGUCUUAAAAAAGUUUCCCUUAAAAUCUCUCCCACUCCAGUGAAAAACUUAUCUACUUUGUCUUCACCAAACCUUUUAAUCUUUUUCUUUAGCUUUUUUUUUACUGUCUGGAUCCUAUCAAUAAGCUGGAAGAAACUCUGAUACCUCAGAUGAUUACAUCUUUGCCCUGAAACCCUCUACUCAUAUACAAAAAAAGGAGUGAUUUUUGACUAACAGACACAUACCUAAUGGGCUCAGAGCAGCAUAGGUUUCUUCAGCAGCAGGAACAGAGGAAACGCUGGGGAGGCUGUUUAAGAGUCUUCUCUUGCUUCAAGUCCCAAAAGGGAGGAAAAAGAAUUGUACCAGCCUCUCGCAUUCCCGAAGGAGGCAAUCUCUCAGCCUCACAGCCCAACGGACCUCACCAACCUGGUGGUGUCUUAACCAACCAAGCAAAUUUAUCUUACUUAGCUCCACCAUCCUCUCCCGCUUCCUUCACAAACUCUGCUCUCCCUUCAACAGCUCAGUCCCCAAACAACUCCUACUUGUCCCUCGCCGCAAACUCAUCACCCUCCGGUCCUUCCUCCAGCAUGUACGCCACAGGACCGUACGCUCACGAGACUCAGCUAGUCUCCCCUCCUCCUGUGUUCUCCACCUUCACCACCGAGCCAUCCACAGCUCCUUUCACUCCUCCUCCGGAGCUUGCUCAUCUCACCACCCCUUCCUCCCCUGACGUGCCUUACGCUCGUUUCUUGACUUCCAAUGGGAAAGGCAAUCAUUAUAAUGAUCUUCACUCUACGUACUCUCUCUACCCCGGGAGUCCAGCCAGCGCGGUCUCCCGGGCUUCUGGAGUCUCCACGCCUCUCCAGGAGUCUAACUUCUUCUGUCCCGAGACUUUCGCCAAGUUUUACCAGGAUCAUGAUCCUCAGAACGGUGGGAGGCUGAGCGUGUCCAAGGACUCGGAUGUGUAUCCUAGUGGGAACGUGAACAGGCAGACGAGGCAGGACAUGGAGGAGCUGGAAGCUUACAGGGCUUCCUUUGGGUUUAGUGCUGAUGAGGUUGUUACGACUAGUCACUAUGUAGAGAUCAAUGAUGUGAUGGAUGAGUCUUUGCUUAAACCGGCUGCUUACUCGCCAAGCGAGGGUCAAAAGCUGCUUAGAAGAGAAGCGAGUUUGCUAACGAGUACCAAAUCAGAAACUGGUGAGUAUUGUGUAUUAAUCUCAAUAUGUUAUUAUGAGCUGGCUGCAUUGUGUGUUGAGUGUUUUAUUUUGUGUUGGCUUUUAGAUCACAAACCAAGAAAUGGUAUUCAUGCGGAUGAAGAGGCUUUGUUAUCUAGAGUGGGAUCUGUGAAAGGAAGCAGAAGCUAUCCAACUGGCUUCUCAAGCUCUGAUGCAGAGGUGGAAUACAGGAGAGGAAGAAGCUUAAGAGAAGGCAGAGAGAACAGGCACAGGAGAUAAGACUGAUCAGCUAUGUUCCUUCUAAGUUGCAAUGCUAACUCUUUGAGAUAAGAAUCUAGUUUCUUUAAGUAUAUAAUAAAAUAAUAUGAAUAUAUAUGUUACAGAUGGUUUGUAGUAGAAAAUGAUGUGUUAUAUAAGCAAAGCAAGGGUGAGAGAGUAGUGAAUGUUUUUUAUUUUUAAGUUUGUGAUGCCUUUUUUGUAAGAACUAUCUUUCAUCUAAUUGCAGCAAUCUGUUUGGGAGGUUUUUAAUGCA